AUAAAGCCCAGAGCUCGCUUCUUGACAUUUUCCCGUCUCUCAAUAAGCUGUUAUGACUUAUUCUAUUAGGACAGACUCAUUUCUUCUACUCGGCAAAGGCAAAUCUGCCCCGUGUACUCUCGAAAGUGGUGUGUGUGCUGUGCUUGGAGCUCAGUGGGGACCUGUUGAUCGUCCACAGGCGCUGCAAUGGAGUUUUCAAACAGACAAGUAUGACAUUUAACUGAGGGAAGAAGCGGGAGGAAAUUUUCACUCAUACCGAUCCGUGAGGCAGCGAUGGAAAUCAUAGAUACCCAGUGUGCCUUGGCGGCGGUGGAGAGACUGCAAGCCAAAUUGAAGGAAAGAGGAGAGGCCCCCACUCAGGAGAAACUAUCCCUGCUGAAGACUGUCCUGCAGAGCCCACUGUUCCUUCAUAUACUGAGCUUACAGCAAGCUCAACAGAAGCCUGCGGCGAAGGGGAAGGGCAUUUCCAAGUCCGUGUCCAUGAACUGUGGCCCAUGCCAGGGUGAAGCACUGGGCACAAAGACGCUGAGCCACAGUGACUCGUACACAUGGGCCGUGGAGAACAGAAGGCCCAGCUCUGGCAGGGACGGCAGCAUCUCCUCUCAUGGCUCACAGGAGUUGUCCUUCUCAGACAUCUGCCCAGAUAACAAUGUUCCAACUGAAUCUCAGUACUGCACUCCACCUCGGAUCUCCCGUACCAUGUCAAUGGGGAGAAACCUUUCUGCUUUUGCACACGAGAGGCGUCAUGUGGAGAUGAUAGAGCUGAUCAAUGAUGGGAAAGGACUUGGUUUUGGCAUCAUAGGAGGACGGAGCACAGGAGUCAUGGUCAAGACCAUUCUCCCUGGAGGAGCUGCUGGAAGGGAUAAGCGCCUGCACAGCGGAGAUCAGAUCCUGCGCAUUGGCGAUACGGAUUUGGCGGGCAUGAACAGCGAGCAGGUGGCACAGGUGCUGCGAAAUGCUGGUACCAGGGUGAAAUUGCUCAUUGCCCGGGAUGGUCCUAAGGACAACCACUGUUCCUCCCCUGUGUUUAACCAGGAAAACCUGGAUGGCAUGGUCAGUGACUUGAAUGAUGACUAUGAGUUCAGUGUGCAGUUCACUAAGAACAAUCGGGGCCUGGGAUUCACUAUCUCUAGCUAUGUGGGUGACCUAAACUCAGUAUACAGUGCCGGCGUGAUGGUGAAGAGCAUAGUAAAAGGCAGCACUGCUGAUCAAGAUGGACGCAUACACGUUGGAGACAUCAUCUUGUCUGUCGAUGGGGUGAGCCUGCAGGGCUGCAGUGAACAGCGUGCCAUGGAAGUGCUGAGGAGGACAGGUCCAUUGGUCAGACUUAAGUUGCUGAGAAAAGCCGUCCGUCUUAGUAACAUCCUGCCUCCAGUUCCUCCUCUGCAGCGCCUCAGACACUCCCACAGCUUCCAUGAAGGGAAUCCCUACAAAUGGGGCCUCAACAAGAUUCAGGAGACAGGCAUUUGCUCUCUGCGUGAAAUCUCCAGGAGAGCAGCAUACGCCAGCAGACGACCCAGACACGAUUCCAAAAACUAUGUGAAACUGACUCCAGCUGAGGAGGAAAACCUGAGAAAGAGGUGGCAGCAAGCAGUGGGGCCGCGAUAUGAAGUGGUUGUGUGCCAGCUGGAGCGAUUCAGUGAGACAAGCGGUCUGGGCAUCAGUCUGGAGGCUCGGGCAGGGCAUCACUAUCUGUGUUCCAUCUUACCUGAGGGGCCCGUCGGCCAAAGUGGCAAGAUCUUCAUAGGAGACCAGAUAUUAGAGGUGAAUGGAAUUCCUCAGUUCCCAACAGUGAUGAGGAAGACGAUGAUGAUGUCUUUGGACCAGGGUUGUGUCAUUCCCUGUCCUACAGCUGAGGACAUCACCAAGCGUGGCGUGCCCCCCAUGUCACCUCCUUUGGCCAUGUGGGAGAGAGAGGCUCAGGUGGUCGAGCUGGAGAAAGGAGAGUCGGGCCUGGGCUUCAGUAUCCUGGACUAUCAGGAUCCAGAAGAUGCCUCUAAAACAGUUCUGGUAAUCCGGUCUUUGGUGCCUGGAGGUGUAGCCGAUCGGGACGGUCGCCUCCUUCCUGGGGACCGGCUCAUGUUUGUCAAUGAAACUGACCUAGAAGGCUCCAGCCUGGAUUAUGCUGUGCAUGUCCUAAAGUCCACAGGCUAUGGCGCUGUCCGCAUUGGUGUUGCCAAACCCCUGCCGCUGGAACUGUGCGGUGGCUUAACUCCCAUCUCAGAGAGGAGCACACAGGCUUCCUGCGACGACAAUGACAGCCACACUCAGGUCAGCCUGGUAGCUGAAGCAGCCGAGGCUAACGUCAACGCCACCGCUUCAAACUCAGAGGACAACAGCACCAGUCAGCUGUGUUACACGCUGCAUCAUCGCUUCACCAACAUGGACGAUGACGACAUGCAGCAACCGCCACCUCUGCCCCCCCGCACCAGCUUUGAGAGGACAAUCACUGUUGUGCGGGGCAAUCGUAGCCUUGGGAUGACAGUGAGUGCUAUCAAGGACGGUUCAGGCAUGCUGGUGCGCAGUGUGGUCCACGGGGGGGCUGUUAGCCAGGAUGGCAGGCUCGGGGUGGGGGACGCCAUCUUGGCCAUCAAUGGAGAAUCUACCUCCAACCUGACCAGCGCCAAGGCCAGGGCCAUGCUCCGCAGGCACUCUGUCAUAGGUCCAGAAAUGAGUAUAACCUAUGUCCCAGCCCACCAGGUGGAUGAACACCGUACUCGACUGUGUUUGCCCCCUCUGGCAUCAGUUGCAACAGACAGCCCCUCUUCCUCACCCACUCUAGCGACUGCUUCUCCGGAGCCAGCAGCAGACCCGGCCGGAUCCUCGAGUCACCCGGCUUUGUCUAUGCUCAAGCUUUCUUCCUCACACAAGUUUAAAGCUACAACCCCGGAUCCAACUUCAAUCAGAUCUUCUGCAUCCUUCAGAACUCCCCAUAAAGACCCGGUCACAGUUCCAACCAUCACCCCAGCCUCAGACUCGAGCUGGCAGAUAGCAAAAUCUCUACCUCUGAAGAGCAAAGAUGGAGAUAUUACAGCAGAGAAAAGGGUCAAUGUUAAUACAGGUGGAACAGCAUCAAAGCCAGACGUGGAGAUAAAGGUGGAUGGUGCAGAAGAAGGAAAGGAGGAGGAGCUUCUUUCUACAGUGUCUUGGGACCAGCCUAAAAGUGUGCGACUAACGCGAGCACCAGGUCAGUCCCUAGGUAUCAGCAUAAUGGGAGGUAGAGGCAUGGGCCGAAGACUGAGCAGCGGUGAGAUGAUGAGGGGAGUCUUCAUCAAGAACAUCAGCCCAGACAGCCCGGCAGCACGUAAUGGGACCCUGCGGGCUGGAGACAGGAUACUGGAGGUAUGUGGUGUGGACCUGAGAAGUGCCAGCCAUGAGCAAGCAGUGGAGGCCAUCCGCAGAGCUGGAGACACUGUGACCUUUCUAGUGCAGUCUGGACAAGACAGAUCUCAGUCUCCUUCUCUCAUCAACCAUGAAAGACUAACUCCAACACUGCUGUCCAACUCACACAGCAUCAGGGAAGCAGAGAACCUUGGUGGUCUGUUCCUUAGUCCUUCCCCUGCAAACCCCUUCAUUCCCACCCCGUUUAAGGUACCUUCACCAGCAUCCGAUAGAAUGGAUCAGAGAAGCCCUACGAAUUUCACAACACCAGUCGCAGUUGAAGAUGCUGACGACUCUGGCAGAAAAAAGAUGCUUCAGCGUUAUGGCAGUCUGUCUGGAAAGCUCCAAAUGAUUGAGCUAGAGAAGGACCCUGCAGCUCACGGCCUGGGAAUCAGCCUCACGGGCAACAAGGAUGGCUCUAGGGCCCGUAUGGGUGUCUAUGUGGCAGAUAUAGACCCUCUAGGCCCCGCUGGUUUAGAUGGGAGGAUACAGAUCGGGGAUGAGCUUCUAGAGAUUAACGGUCAGAUUUUGUACGGCCGGAGUCACCAGAAUGCCUCCGCCAUCAUCAGUAAUGCUCCAUGUAAAGUCAAGAUCAUUCUCAUCAGAAAUAAAGCAGCUCUAGGUGAAACGGUCCAGGGACUCAGGAAAGACUGUGAGGACACGAUCGACUCCCAGACUGACACUGGAGGCUGUGGACAAAUCUCCAGUGACAUUGAACACAUUAUUCUACCUCAGGAUUAUGCAGGUCUUGGCCUUUGCUUGGAAGAGGACAACUCUAAGGGAGGACUGGUGGUCACGUCCCUGAUCCAGCACGGCACUGCCAGCAAAGAUGGCAGGAUAAAGAUUGGAGACAGAAUCGUAGCAGUGGGUGAUGAACCCGUGGCUGGACUGUCAGUAAAAAAGGUGUCCAGUUUGAUUCUCAAACACCGGGUCACUGUCAAGCUCUCCAUCAACCGUUCCAAGAGUCUCUCCUCCUCCUCCUCUUCUUCUCUCCCUCUCCCUGCAUCACUCUCCAGUCCCCGCUCACUCACUCCAGUGUCCUCUCUAAGCCUUCCUGUCGCCUCCUCCUCCUCUUCGUCUCUAAAACCCAUGCAGACCUCUCCAGUGGAACAGUCUGAUUGGCCAGGAUCAGCUCCCACAACUUCCGACCCUGUCAGCUGUCCAAUUGUUGCAGGAAAGGAAACUACCAUAGAGAUUUAUAAAGGAAACGUAGGCCUGGGUCUCAGCAUUGUAGGUGGAUGUGACACUCUGCUGGGGGCAGUAAUAAUCCAUGAAGUGAAUGAUGGAGGAGCAGCACAGAGAGAUGGUAGACUGCAGGCUGGAGAUCAGAUAUUAGAGGUAAAUGGCAUAGAUAUGCGGCAGGCCAGUCAUGACGAAGCUAUUGCCGUGCUACGGCUCACCACCCAGCGUGUCCAGCUGUGCGUCUUCAGGCACCAGGAAUCCUACAGGGAGGAGGACCUGUGGGAUGUGUUCAGUCUGGAGCUGAGGCCUCGUCCUGGAGAAGGACUGGGCUUCACUACUGUGGGGAAGAGUAAUGACACUGGCAUCUUUGUGUCAGAUAUCAUCAGAGGAGGUGUAGCAGAUUCGGAUGGCAGGUUGUUGCUAGGUGACCAGAUUCUGUCAAUCAAUGGGGAAGACGUGCGUGCAGCAUCACAGGAGCGUGCACAGACGCUUCUGCAGAAUUGCAGUGGAGGAGUCCACCUGGAGGUGGCUCGUUUUAAAGCCGGGGUGCAGUACACACUGCGGAGUCAGAGCGAAGACUCUGACUGCUCCACACUUACACCCUCAAGUGUAUGCGAUGCUUCUUUUGGCCACCAGAGGGAGACAGAUAACAAAAUAGGGAGCUACACAUUCAAAGACUCUGACAUCAGAAAAGUGAUAAUAAAAAAGGGUCCAUACGACUCCUUGGGCAUCAGCGUAGCUGGAGGAGUGGGCAGUCCCCAUGGCAACCUUCCUCUUUUUAUUGCUACCAUGGAUACCAAUGGACUGGCUGCCAAAACACAGAAAUUACAGACGGGAGACAGGAUCCUCAGUAUCAAUGAUGUUUCCACUGAGGGAAUGACUCAUGUCCAUGCUGAAGCCCUGCUCAAGAACACCACUGGAACCAUCAUUUUGCAGGUGGCUGCAGCUUCUCAGGGAUGCAGCACACAGGGUAACAGCGAUGUGCAUGCAUGGUCAUUAGGCCAGCCGAGCAGCCUGCCCUGCUUUCACAACAGCCUCUGCGCUCGCAUGUAUAAGACCAUCACUCUGGAGAGAGGCUCCUCAGGUCUCGGCUUCAGCAUUGUAGGAGGUUUUGGCAGCCCUCACGGAGACCUGCCUAUCUACAUCAAAACUGUCUUUGACAAGGGUGCAGCCAUUGAGGAUGGCAGGCUGAAACGUGGCGAUCAGAUAAUUGCUGUUAAUGGACACUGCCUGGAAGGUGUGACCCAUGCAGAAGCUGUGGACAUUCUGAAAAAGACCAAAGGAACUGUCGUCCUCACCGUGCUCUCAUGAGACAACUGCCCACUGAACCUCAAUUUGAUGACAUCUUCCUAAAACAGCUCUGGAGGGCUGUGGUUGUUUCCUAUAAAGCUGUAGAGUGAUUCUCCUCUUGUAGAGGACACUCUACAUGUCAAAACAAUACAUAUAAAUAUAAGAAGAGUAUUUAUUUUAAGUCUAAAUUUACUUGCAUUUAAGUUGUGAACUCUACCUCCAACUGCAAACACAGCUUUGUUGUAUUUACACUCAGUAUUUAAAAAUAUAGCAGAGCAUGUCCAGUUAAAUCCAGUUAAGCAGCCGGGUAUUGGGCUGCCAAGGCCUCCAUCUUGGGCUUUGUGGAUUGGAUGCCUGAGUCCAGUCUGAGUCCCUUCAGAAUGACCACUAAGCUCAGUCAUUCUGGAGGGACUCAGAGUAGAGACGCUACUCCUCCAGUCCAGAAGGCCUAGAAUGCCCUCUAGGUGAGGUGUUUUGUGGCAUGUCUAACUGGCAGGAGACCCCAAGGGUGGACGCAGGACACACUAGAGAGAUUUUAUGCCUCAGGUGGCUUAGGUAAGCCCCAAGAAGAGCUGGAGAAGGAAAUAGCUAAGGAGCCCCUGAGACCCUGACCCAGAUGAGCGGAAGAAAAUGGAUGGAUGGAUAGUUUAGCAUUGCUGUGCAUUAUUUUUCAUGUAAACACACUCAUCAAUACGUUACGUGUUCAUACUAAUAUAUAAAAUUGAAGCCUCAAUUGACAGCAGCCUAGUGCUGGAUUUUGAUUAUUACUUUAACAAACAAACAACUCCUAAGACUCAAAAUAUGCCAACUGCUUCUGCCAAUCUUUUGUAUGGCAAUAGGUUUGAAAGACUGUCGUACUUUUCUUUUCAUUGUUGUGUUCGAAUAAUUAAAAAUGUGUCAUGAUUUCAUGAAUAAUGAAUGUCUUAAGCGGCAUGUUGAUAAUUAGCAAUGAUGACAACCUUGUGUUAAACGGGACAAAGAAUAGGAAAAACUGCAUUUUGCUGCAUCUGUUAGAAGCAGCUGCUGAGUAUCGACUGUUAUUUACCAGUGUAGUAUUAAUCAGUGUUUUCAUAGUCUUUAACUUUAGCAGCUGUUUUUUUAGGACUUGAUUGUUGAUGUUAACAGUUCAGUGUGAAAUUAGACACCGUCUCCGUUUUAUAUGAAUUUAUUUACCUGACUUCACACGGCUGUGAUACUUAUGUUUUCGUCACUGUAAUUAAUUUCAUUAAUAUGAGAAGUCACUUCACACUUACAUACACACAUGCAUGCACACACUCGUUUUCAUAUCUUAGUGAGGACAUCUAAUUGACAUAAUGUUUUCCCUAGCUGCUUACUUUAACCCUAACCAUCAAAAAUGAAUGCCUAACCCUGACCAUUUGUGUUGAUCCUCACAAAGAUAUAUAA